AGACGACAUUUUGUACAAUAAUUGAUUUCUUAAGUACCAUGUUUUCUUAAUGUAUGAAAUAGAAAUUAAAAUGUCUUUUUUCAUAUGGUUCUGUUAUUUAUUUAUUCAAAAUUGAAUCGUCUUAUCAACAUGCAUCUAUUCACUAAUGUGACUCAAGUUCUUCUUAAGACAUGAAACGUGCUCGUUCUAAACGCACGACUAGGCUACCGAUAAGCCUUAUGACUGGUGGCAUCAAUCAGCCUCAGCUACCCGAGACUGAUGUGGGUCCCUCUCAGCCUCAGUUGCCCCAGCCUAUAGUGGGUCCCUCCCAGCAUCAGCCUUCCUCGGCUACAUCGGGUCCAGUCCAGCCUCUGUUGCCGGAGUCUACAGCGGGUCCUUCUCAUCCCCAGCUUCCCCUGCCUACGGCGGGUCUCUCCCAGAGUUUGCCUCAGGAUCCACACCAGACAGUUGAUUCAUUAGACGAUACUUCUAGUGAUUUGUUGUUCACGAAGAGAAGGAGUCGAGGCCCCACACGAUGCCAUCAAGUUUGGAACAUGCGUGAAGGGCAACGCAUUUUUAUUACCACCAACAAUCUAGGGCAACCUGUUAAUGAAAAUGCUAGCAAGCUGACAAACUUUUUCGGGACAAUAGCACGUAAUGGGGAUUACGCACCCCUUACAUAUUCUAAUUGGAGGGUAGUGCCAAACGAGAAGAAGGAUGAUAUGUACGAACUUGUCAUGUCCAAGUUUCAGUUUGACAAAGAGAUUAAAUCUUGGGUGUUGAUGUCGAUUGAAAAAAAAUGGAGGGAUUGGAAGUGCGAACUGAAGAAAUUUCACUACUCGCCUCAUGAUAAUGAUGAGGCGCGGCUAGCAGACCUCAAUGAGCGUGUCCAAAUGGAUCAGUGGAAGGCCCUCAUUGAGUUUUGGAACUCUGAAGAGGGAAAGGACCGUAAUAAGAUAAAUACGGAAAAUCGGAGAAAACAACGCAUUAGCCACACUGCAGGCACGAAGAGCUUUGCGCGAAUACGUGAAGAAGAGAGAAACAAGAGGGCCAAUGGGGAGGAUUUGACCCGAGUAGAUAUGUUCUUGUUGACACAUAGACGCAAGAAUGGGAUGCCUGUGGAUGAGGCCUUAGCAAGAGCAAUGGAACAAUUAAAUGAACGAACUUCGCAGCAGCCAGAGGCUUCACAUAAUAGCACUGCGAGGAAAGAUAUAUUCUCAGAAGUCAUGGGUGACGAACGACAUGGCCGUGUCCGCACUUAUGGGUUAGGUCCCUCUCCUUCUGAUAUAUGGGGCACAACAUCCCACAGUGUCCUGUCCCAAGGGAUGACCUCCAAUGCUCAGAAGAUAGUGAACAAUAUGAGGAAUUGUAUGCUGAAAUAUCUUCACUAAGAGAAACUAUGGCUGAUAGA